AUGGAAACCUCAAUUUCUGACGAACAGAACGAUGAUUACGAAUAUAUUGUUGAAUUAUCGCAUAAUACUCAUGAAAAUUAUGAGCAAAAUGAAUCAGACGAAGACGAAAAUUAUGAUGCUCAAGACGAUCAACUCGAAGAUGAAAGAAUUGAAAGCCAUGAUAUCAAAAAUAUACAACUUCCUUCUCCCCCUUCUUUUAAUAUGUUUCAACAUUUGCGCCCAACACAUGAAUUUACUUUAAACUUACCUACUAAAUAUGAAUUUGCAUUAUCAUCUCCAUAUUUAAUUUUUAGCCUCUUUUUUUCAUCUGAACAAAUAAGCACGAUAGUCCAGAAUACUAAUGAAUAUGCCUAUAUAAAAGGUGCAGAGGAAGGUCAUAGAUGGGAAAAAUUAACUGAUUUGAUUAAUGCGAGUAUGGAAGAAAGCAGUCAGACGAAAAAACCAAAUACACGAAGCCGAGUUGAAAAAUUAGUACGAUUUAAUGAUAAAAAUGAUGAUCAUUCAACAAAACG